CUUUUUUGUCAAAAUAAAAGUAAACAAAUAAAGUGGGCCCCCAAAAUGCCCAUUUACGAGCCCCUGAGCAGCGAAAAGCUGACAGUUGUCCUAGAUAUUGGAACAGCUUUUACAAAAUUCGGUUUCACAAGUGAAUUCGCCCCAAGGUACAUCAUAAGGUCAGAAGUCCGAUGCAAAAGAACCAACAAAAUUCGUAAAUUAAGCUCGUACGAGUCCCCGGAAGAUUUACAUGAUUUGUUAGUUGAUUUUAUUCACGCAAUUUAUUUCAAGUUUGCCCUCAUAAGCCCUAAAGACAGGCCAAUUGUGAUUGUCGAGUCACUUUUGUGUCCCACUUUGUUUAGGGAAACUUUAGCCAAGGUAUUAUUUCUUCAAUAUGAAGUUUCCUCGAUCCUGGUAUUGCCGUCUCAUUUGGUAGCAUUGGCAAGUUUGGCUGUAGAUACAGCCAUGGUGGUCGAUGUAGGGUACAAAGAAGCCGUAGUCUUUCCGGUUUGUUUCGGGUUGCCCAUAAUACAAGCAUGGCAAGCCUUGCCCUUGGGAGGAGAAGCGGUUCAUAACCAUCUAAAAUCCUUGCUGAGCAAUGCGAACCCGGGCCUCCAAAACCUCCCCGAACAAAUCCUGGAAGACAUCAAAGUCCGUUGUUGCUUUGUCACCAAAAAAUCCAGAACCAAAUCCGCGGACAUUGUUCCGCCUCCGGACGUCAAAUAUCCCUAUAAAGGAGCCCAAACUCUUACCGUAACCGGAAAAGUACGAGAAACUGCUUUUGAAGUUUUAUACGAAGAGGACAACGACCACUUGUGUUUGUCCACAAUGAUUUUGGAUGCUCUUCUGAAGGUUGAUAUUAAUUUGAGGCACAGUUUGACUCAGAAUGUGUUUUUGAUUGGGGGUACUACCAUGACAAUUGGCUUCAAGGCAAGAUUGAAGGAAGAAUUAUUGAGCCAACUUAAAAAUGAACAAUACAAAAUGCUGAAUAUCAAGGAAUUUAAAUUUCAUGUGGCUCCUUGCAAGGAAAAUUACGCUUCUUGGCUAGGAGGUUCCAUUUAUGGUGCAACGGAAUUUUUGAACCUAAAAGCAGUUACCAAGGAUUUCUAUUUACGAGAAAAGCAUUUACCCGAUUGGAUUAAUUUAAAGGACGUUGUUGGUCUAAAACAGGAUAAUGGAAUAAGGGGGGCUUUUUAAUUUUUUUCAGUUAUAUUUAUUAAUUAAACAUCUAACAUCUACUCCAAUUAUUGUAUAAUUCAGACAUCGUAUCCUACAAUGUGACGUUUUCCGAUGCACUCGCCCACAUAGAACCAGCACCAGAUCUGUAAUUUUCCAAGGUAUAAAAAUUAAUUUAUAUUAUCUAUUAUCUAUUCACAAUCCGAUGUCCAAAGGUAAAGGUAAAAUUUAUCACCUUUCAGUGCUAUUUGAUAGGGAAAGGUGAUAAAUUUACCUUCACCUUUGGACUAUGGAUUGUGAAUAGGAUAUAUUCAAUCCUUAGAGCAGGUAAAGGUGAAGAGAAAUAGUAACAUGGAAAAUGAAGCCGCUUUUUUUCCAGGUAUAUUGGCACCAAAAAAAUGGCGGUAUAGGCAAUUCAAUGCUUUACCUGGUAGUUUCAUAAGCCGAAUGGUGCGUUUCUACUCCUAAUGUCCGUAGGACAGCGCUUUACCUGCUCUAAGUCACAAUCAGUAGUCCAAAGGUACAGAUUGUGAAUAGGAUAAUUAACAUAUACCUUACCUCAAUGGCAAUUAAAGAAUUGACAAAUCCGUCGCGGACUGUGACGUUUUUCCAGUUGCCGUUUUUGGCUCCGCUCAGUAAUCUACCGAUUCCGGCACGGAUUUGGGGGAUGUCGGCCGGAGUAGGGGGUGUCAGUUCCACUUUGGCGUAUUUCAGGAAAGUGUUCAGACGGGGUUUGUUAGGAGGUACUUACUGCCGGCCAAGACUGGUACUUUUUGGGCUAAUUGGGACAUUUUUUUGAGGGUUUUUUAGCUGAUUUUAUUAGAAAAUUUGAGGAAAUUAAUGGAAAAACUCUCUGACCUCCUCAAAUGUCAAAAUUAAUUGUCAAAU